AACAAACGAAAGGAAUAUAAACCUAGGUUUACCUUAAUUCAGUUUCAGUUAUCAAUUUGAGAUUGCUGAAUUUAGUUGUGCAAACUGUUUGAUAAAUUGUUUUUUUUUUUCUCGAUUGUUAAUCGCAGUAAACGAUUGGGUUUUCGUUCAAAAUGAUUCGAUUUGUGGUGGUUCUUUCGAUGUUCGCUUAUGUGUUUGGUGGACCGAAUGCUAUCUCGAUCGAUGGUGUUGACGAAUUGGAUGGUCUUAUAAGAGUUCCCCUGACACAUCGAAGACGACGUGCUGCUGAUGAAAAUGGAUUGAAAACUAAAUUGCAAAAUUGGAGAGAUGAUAGAAUCGGAAUCGAAGUUGGCAUUGGGACUCCACCACAAAAAAUAACGUUGAUGUUCGACACAGGCUCUUCAGAUUUAUGGAUUGUGUCGCAGAGAGCUAAAAACAAUAUAAGUAUGUUUUUCCAAUGUUCCGUUAAAUUUCAAAUUGUCAACAAUGAACACUGGGUAAAAUGACAUAUCAC